AUGGAGAAGCCGCUGCAAACUCAGGAAACUCUUCGAUCUCCACGCAAAGCGAUUGAAGAGCGCUCGCUAAAAAAUGGUGUUAGGCUAAGACAAAAUCUUUUCGUGGAUGCAGCGCCAGAAGGGAAAGACUUGGUUGGAGCAGUGUUUCCUGACGCAGCUGUCUACAGAGGCUACGACGAACUGCUUUGGGGCUACUUCAUUAUUGCCGUGUAUAAGGAUCCAAGCACCAGUAAACUGAACUCCCUGAUCGUGGAUAAGCUGGGAACAACGUAUUUUGACGCUGUCAAUACUUCUCGAAAAUCGCGAUUUUAUCCUGCAAUCGAGAACUUGUCCCCUCAAAACAUCAAUUCAAGCGUUAGAAAAUGUAUAGCUGUCUCUUUGCUGCAAAAAUUCGCCGAUUUGAAACCCGAAAUAACACAGAAACUCCAACCACAUAUGAAAUACGACUAUGAUCCCACAACGGCCGGAGAUCUCGCUAACAACUGCGAGCUCAUUGGUUUCUGCUCUCCUGCAGAUGUAGGUAAAAGUUUGGAUCGUCUGGGGUUUCUACAAGACCACCAUAUAAACUCGUUUCUUCUCGACGUCGUUUACGAGCAGAAGCCAUCUGCUAUUGACGCCAACAAUGAGCUCGUUUUCCAUUUAGGCGAUCAACUGGAGCAGCUUUUUGAUCCUUUGGCAGAGUACUCCCCGGAACAAACAGAAAUCAUAUACAAACCACCGGAGGACCACACGAACCUGGAAAAAGACGAUCCGAUGGUAUCUUCUGUGUGCAACGAACUACUGCAAGUGCAAACAAAAUUUACUCUCAGCUUGGUGGAGUUUCUUCAGAAGUUUCUGAUACCUCUUCGCAUAGAAGUGGCCAACGAUGAAAUAGAUGGACUUUCAAUACCAAAGCUAAACCGUCUAUUUCCUCCAACUAUCGAUGAGGUUACACGAAUCAAUUGCAUUUUCUUAGAUGCUUUGAAAGCUUCUAGUUCCUAUGGCUCACAAGAGGUCUUAAAUGCCUGCAGCAUCACCAUUCCAUACUUUUACAAAGCUUACACAAGACAUGAGGCAGCUACCAAGAGCUUCUCGAAGCAUAUCAGGCCCUUUAUGGCCAAGUUUCAAGAUAAACUGCCGUCCCGUGAUAUCUACUCGCGGCUGAAGAUGGAAACCAUUAUAAAGAGCCCUCAGGAGAUUGUCUUGAAAAUGAAACUCAUUCUCGAUCGGCUGUGGUCAAAUAAAAGGUGGGCGCCCGAAAAUGCAGAGUUGGCUGAGGCUCGGUACUCGACAACUUGCGAUAUAAUUGACUCGUUUGGAGCAGACGAAAGGCCAUUGAGCACUUACAGCGCAAGGGUCUUCACUCCAUCAGGCAAAUUAUUAACAGAGUUAGCGAAGGGCUGGCCCACCGAAUUACAGUAUAAUUGGCUCAAAAGAAGAGUUGUAGGUGUUUUUGACGUGAUGGACUCUAAUGAUAAUACGCAAAGGAACAUUCUCGUCAUUUUUAGCGACUACAUUGUAGUGCUCAAUGUCAUCGACACUGGUUCAUAUUAUGAUAAUUUCGCCGCCAAAAAACCGCUUCUUUCGGAUGUACUGAUGAACUCUCUAAUAAAUGAGGUUCCUCUUCCUCCGAAAGUUCCGAAAUUGCAAGUGGCAAAUUUCUUCUACAUUGACAACGUAAUAGCAUCGACUUUCGGAAAAGACAUGAUCAGAAUCGAUCAUGUUGAGCCCAGUAAUGCUAGUGCUGUCGCGUUCAAAAUUAUUUCAUCGUCUCUAACAGGCUCCGAUGUUGUCGAUUUGAUCGUAAAAGCCAAAGUCUUAGAGAAAGAAACGGCAUUUCAUCUAUUCCGAUACGUGGAUGAGGAUCUUCAGAUAUUUUCUACCGCUCAUGAAAUGAGUGCUUACUCUACGGAGAGCAUACGAUCGAAGUUUUGUCUGUUCUUGAACAUCGACCCCUCUCCAAAUUUCCUUCACGAAAAUAACUUAGUCGCGGUAUUCUUUGCAACACUGAAGCCUAACGGCUGUGUCACAAUUACUGAACUGACUUGUGAAGGAAGCGAAAAGCGUUUCACCGUUGAAUUGCAUGGCUUAGUACAGGUCCUGUUUUCAGAAAUAAAAACACUUUACACCAAGUUUUACUCUACAGCACAUUCACCUUUCCUCACUCAACUAUUAGAGAUCAAUGGCCAACUAGUUAAAAGAGUAGGCCAUCACUUCAAUGAGGAUUUAGAGGUAGCCUCCGCAUAUCAAAUGGGGAACGCUUCCUUUAUCGCAGCGUCUCAUUCGACAUGCUCCCGAUCCAGGUCCUUGACUACCGCCACAACAUUUAGGAGUUCCACGAGCAAUUUACAGCAGGAAUCGCCUACAAAAAAGGAUCAAGUCAUUAAACAUCGUGGAGAGGUCGUUGAAACAAAGUACGAAAAGAACCAAACCGUCAAAGAAAGAGAUCGAAAGACUGGAGGAGUGUCUAGCCGAAAAAGGCGCAGCUUCAUGGGAAAAAUCUCAAGACUUUUUGGCAAGAAAGACUCUAAACAAAAUGAAAUCACCACCAAGACCCCCAAACGUGCCCCUAAGGCUAAAUUGCCUACUCCCAGUUCUAUUAAAGAAAGAUCUCAGGUUACGGGACGUGGCGGCACGCAGCGCAUGAGCUCUAUUGUACACAAGCCAUUGACAAUGCAGAAGAGUAAGGAAAGGAACAGCCUUUUGUCUGAUGUAACUAGCUCCAGGGUUCCUAGCACCGAAUUAUUGUCUUCCAACAAUGCUGAAAAGACGACUACCUCUCGUCGACCUCCUUCCGUUCUUGAUCACGUUCCCGGUGUCAACCUUAAUUCAGAGCUCAAUGGUCAGAAAAUAUACAAAUUGGAUGGAGAGGAACGCGAGAGUAGGCUCUUCAAUCAAGAUCUAUAUGGAGAUGACUUUGAUGUAGAAAAAGAUGAUACGCAGGUCAGUGUCAAUGCUGGACGCCAAAAUGAAAAAUUGGAGGCAUUCGUCGAAAACCGUCAAUCUGACAAUAUUUCCUCUAACAAAGAGGAUUCCUUGUUAGUAGGACGGGGAUUAAACGCCAACACUCUACAAGACAUUCAAAACAGAAAUUUAGAUUUGGUUCAAGAUCAUGAGCAAUUGUCGUCUCAAGCUGAUGAAGAGGGGCGUAACAAAAAUCCCACUGAAGAAUCGAAGCAAAAACGUAAGAUAUUUCCAGAAGUGAAAAGACUUAUCGUUCAGAAUAGUCAAUUUGAAAGAUCUCCCUCCUUCAGAGAAUUCUUUGAAAAUAUGAGACUAGUCCUGGAUGACAGUGAUGAAGCUUCUAAUUGGAAGAGACUCCCGAGUGACACAUCUUUGAAAACCAAACAGAGAUCAUUCAAUAAGAAGCCAGAUACUCACGCUUUCAAAGAUCUUGUACCUCUGAAUAGAUACCCGUCAGAGCAUGGCAUUGCGCAAUCUCAGGGAACACACGAUAUGGACGAGUCAUCGACACCACAAUCAAAGGGCCCAGACAUCAAUGAUAAACCCCCAAAUUCCACUGGCCAUGACGAGGCCAAUACACAAACUGAUAUUUCAGGGAAUGCAAAGGUCGUCAACAAGAUUGCAGAAGCACUUGCAAAUAACCGAAAUAACACGGCAGGGUUCAAAGUAAUAAAGCACUCGCCUUCGAAGACCGUCAACUUUGAUGCAAAGAGCUCUUCGCUCCCACCUGAAGAACCAGCCAUCCAGCUCAUUGGGGAAAGAGACAGUGUUUUGCAAGUGCCAACAACACGCAACGUAUUGGGCGAUUCGAACUCUCAGGCCAAUGGACCGGAAAAGAGUGCUGGAUACGAACAUGACAAAAAAGGCGGCUUGAUUCUUGAAGAGCUGACCGAUGCUAAACAGCGAGUUGCGCCAACCUUAACAGGCAACAAUAGCAGCAAAGCCGAUGUUAGCGGCGCUGUGAUCAGUCGUAGGGACAGUGCGACCCAGGAACAGCUUCUAGAUGACCCUGACUUCAGUUCAUUUCAUAUCACCUUUAGUGACAGCGAAGAAACACAAGAUCUAGCGAGAUAUGACCAGCCAACGACCUUGUGGACUCGCACCGUACUCGGACAGUCACCUGAGCUGGAGCCCGUAUUCUACAGACUGCCUGCAAUUGAAAGGUCCAACGAAACCUUUUUCACCUGUACGGAUGGCGACAUCGGCAAGUCAGGACUCGCAAGACGUGCUGGCAGACCUAUUGAAAAUGAAGAUGCUGAUGAGGCACUGUGGAUAUCACCCAGCAAGCUAGACAUGUUCGAUUUGAGUAAACAGCCCGAGAACGUUUUUGCUCAAAUCAGUCUUAAAAACAAGCGAAUACCAAUCAAAGAAGCUUGCUCCCCAAAUUUGACUAAUUUAGCGGAUGAUAAGGAUCUCUUACCGGAUUUUUCAUAUGCUUAUCUAGGUGGUCUUUUGAUGCACGAUGGGGAUGACAACGUCGAUGAAGAGGAUGACGACGUCAACAGCGCUGGUGAACCGACACGUCUCAGAUUCUAUGGGUGA